AUGAGUGAAAUCUAUGAUAGGAGAGACUUUUAUAAACCGAUAGCUACUCCAUUUGAUGUUGAAACUGCUCUAAAUGUAGACUUAGAAACUAACCCUGAAUGGAUUCACAAAUUUUCAUAUGAUUUUAAUGAUUAUCUGGACAUUUGUGGUGAUAUAUCAACUACUUAUAAGCAAACUGAAGAUAUAAGUUUAUUAACAAAUAAAGUAAGGGUGCUGAAUCCCGAAGUGGUAGAAAAUAAUAAUGGUGAUCAAACGGUAGCUGUAAAAAAUGAUGGGACAAUAGCUCUUGGUAAUUCAGGAGCUGGAUAUUUAUCAAAAAGGAUGUGGAAAGGUUUAGAACAAAACUUAGGCCAAACAGAAGUGGAAUUGGCCAAAGAAGGGCGGUCUGGAAUCGCAUCGAAGUAUGAGAAUGAACAAAUUUAG